UCGGGGCGCGGCGCCGGAGGAGAGGCGGCGAGGCGCGACGCGGCUGCGGGAGCUCGACGGGGCGCGGCAUAUUUAAAGGAGGAAGAUGCCAAUAGUCAAAAACGUGAGCAGAGCUGUCAACCAGCUGCUUCAAAGCUCUGGUUGUGGAUGUGGGAUUUCCGUAGUGCCUGUUCGACGUAUUGGAAUCUCGCCCCGCCAGGUGGCCUCUGACGCUAGCUUUCAUUCAGUGUCUUUUUCCCGGUCUGAUCAUCCCCGGGUGCUAAUUACAGGGGGUCUUGGCCAGCUUGGAGUGGGACUCGCUAAACUUCUGAGGAAGCGUUUUGGAAAGAACAAUGUGAUCUUGUCUGACAUUAGAAAGCCUGCAGAUAAUGUUUUUUAUAGUGGUCCUUUUAUCUAUUCGGAUAUCUUGGACUACAAGAAUUUACGUGAGAUAGUGGUGAAUAAUCGGAUAACUUGGUUGUUCCAUUAUAGUGCUUUGCUCAGUGCUGUUGGAGAAGCAAAUGUCCCUUUGGCCAGAGCUGUAAAUAUUACUGGUUUACAUAAUGUUCUGGAUAUUGCAGCUGAGCAUAAUUUGCGACUCUUUGUUCCCAGCACUAUUGGAGCCUUUGGACCUACCUCUCCUCGAGAUCCAACCCCUGAUCUCUGCAUUCAGAGACCAAGAACAAUCUAUGGAGUCUCCAAGGUCCAUGCUGAGCUCAUGGGAGAAUACUACCAUUACCGAUACGGCCUAGACUUUCGAUGCCUAAGGUAUCCAGGAAUUAUAUCUGCUGACUCUCAGCCUGGAGGGGGAACAACUGAUUAUGCUGUCCAGAUUUUCCAUGAUGCCAUAAAAACUGGCAAAUUCCAGUGCAACCUAAAGCCAGACACACGUCUCCCUAUGAUGUAUAUUGAUGAUUGUCUGAAGGCGACUCUAGAGGUCAUGGAGGCCCCUGCUGAGGCACUGAGCAUGAGGACGUACAACAUCAGUGCCAUGAGCUUCUCUCCUGAAGAGCUGGCGCAAGAGGUGCAGAAGCAUGUCCCUGAACUCCAGGUGACCUACAGUGUGGAUGCAGUCAGGCAGGCCAUAGCUGACAGCUGGCCAAUGAACUUUGAUGACAGCAAUGCCCGGAGAGACUGGGGAUGGAAACAUGAUUAUGACCUCCCUGAAUUGGUGACUACAAUGUUUAGCUUCCUUGGGUCUGACUCCAGAAUUGCUCAAGCUAGCUGAAAUACUUUGUAAAAUGUUUCCAGAUUUCCACAGAGGACCAGGAAGAAAUGGCUAAAUUAGUUAAUGAUCUUCUGAGUCUUAGAGCAUGUCAGUUAUCACUUUUCCAUAAAUAGCAAUAGAGUUGGGCAGAAAAAUACUGUAGCUGGAAUUUACUAUUGUUAGAUAAGUUAGAUAAAAUAAGUCAUUAGGUACCGUUUCCAGCAAUAGCACCGAAGACAAACGUGGAGAUCUUGAACUUUCAUGUUUAAGUAGCUAGAAAAAAAAAAAAAAAAAGCACCUACUCCUGGCUGAUGACUUUCCAAUCAUUCCUACUGCCUGGUGGUUCUUUAGCAAAUAACAUGGGCAAUAUUGUCAAACCUGCUGUUUCAGGCAUAUUGUACAGAGUUAACUGUUUUUUUGUUUUCUUAGUGGAAGUUACUAGAUUGUGGUAAAGGAUUCUUUCUUCUCUUUGCCUACAACUGAGAGAUUAGUACUACUUCAUGUUUCAAAAUUGCAGGGAUUGUUGCAAUUUUAAUUUGAAAUGAAACUUCGGUUAAUAGUUCCUAUAUAUAUGUAUACACACUACUGUAUAAACCUACACUUUUGUAUACGUAAGGCAUACAAAGUGACAUUAUUCUUUUAAUGUCUAUAAAUGUGAAGGGAAUCAGGACUUGAAUUCUCAUUAUGCUUUAAAAGUACCAGGGUGUAUAAGCUAAGCUUUGUCCUGUUCUUUGAAAAUGCUGCUGCCUUCAGUUUAACCUCAGAGGUAGACUGGAAAACCUAAGAGCUGUUAUGUACAUGCAAAUCUAGGGCAUAAUUCUAGGCCUGGGAAUAGGGUUAUUGUUAAUUAUCAUUACCUUUGGUUUUCCCAGUUGUUUGCCAUGCUAGCAUGGCAAACGUACUGCCUGGAACAAGUUUUGAAGGUGGGCUGAUAAGGUAGACUUACAGUAGAGUCAUGUCAGCCUUUGAAAUCGUUCAUGUUCACUACACUUUUUUAUCUGUGCUGUAUGUGUAUUUUUAGAUACCAUAUAUAUGCAACUAUUAUAUGCUUUUAUCCUCUAGAGAGGAAUCCAGAAGCCGAAACCAUACCUUCCUCUAUUUAUUUAUUUCAGGGUUUUAAUGGCAGCCUUAUCUGCCAUUCUUGUCUGAAUUCAUCACUUUAAGUCAACAACUUGAGCUUUUGUUUUUAUGUGAAGGAUUGAUCGUUUAGAGCCAAGAGGCCUAAAUUACUGACGUCCAUCCCCUUUCUAUAAAAUGAUGGGGAUUUGCCGAUCUUUUGCUACUAAUUUCUAGUUACAGUUAAGGAGUAUUCUGCUCAUUUGAGUUUCAUUCGCAGGAGAUUCUGGGAUUAAUAAGGGAGUCUUAGUAGAUGCAUGCAAAUAAGAUAUGCCUAUUCAGAGGCUACUGAAGAGACUUGGAAAACAAGAAAUGACAAAUUAGAGAUACAGGAGAGCCAUUUUAUGCAAAAUAUCAGUUUCUGUGGUGUAAAUCUGAGCUAUUGGCUACUAUUGUAAUAGCAUGCCUUGAGAAAUGGCAUCGGGGUACUUUGGUUUUUAUUUUAUUUUUUUCCAAAGAAAAAAUAUCUUUCACUUUCAAAAUAACUGGAAAUUCCUUGUGUGAAGUUCUCUUACUCUUUUUUUUUUUUUUUUUUUUUUUUUUUUCUUGCAUACUCCAAUGAAUCUUGCGGGUGACAUGUUCAAAUAUUUUCUUGCCUACAUAUUGUUUGCUGUGUUUUCUGUGACAAUGCUUUGGUCGUUCUUAUUCUGUUAAGCUCUCUGUAACCCUGCAAUGUUUCUUCAGUAAGUAGAUAACUGACAUGACCUGAUCUCUGCCUCUUUGUGAGGAAGUCUACGUGCUGCACGGAAUAUGUUUUCUCAUGAAAGGAACCUUCAAAUGAAGAUUCUGUGGUGAAACCCUGUUAUUUUAAACAUUUGUUGAACUUUUAUCUCUUGGUUUUGUAUGUAUCUUAUACUGUUUAAUCUGUUAAAGUAUGGAUUUCCCGGAUAUUUAAGCUUGAAAACCUCUAGGGAUGUGGCCCAUAUUGAAACUUUUUUUUACAGUGUUUACAUUUAUAAAAGACAAUUUUUUUUUAACUGCGGCCACUGUGGUAACUAUCACAUUGUUCAAAUGUAGUAUUUGGCCCAAUGGGCCAGCAAAGUUGGUCUUGAUCAUAUCCUCCCAGAAGAGACUGGCUCAGAUUUUUGUCCUCUGCCCUGCCAAAACAGGAUCAUCUUCCAGUAAACUGUUAGCCUGAGGCAUCAAAUGAAGUCUUUAAUAUGAUCUCAAAUGUCUUGUCCAUUCCCGUCUUUCAUAAUUCACUCUGGGGACUCCUUAUCAAUAUACAGGUAUAGAGAGUGUGUGUAUGUAUACACACAUCCACACUCUCUCUUUACAUAUAUAUAUUUUAUAUAAACGUAAAGAGUUGUUGAUAGGUCCAACUUCAUUUCCUUGCUUCAAAUGAAGUUACGGGUCUACUACUCCCUUCAUUCUAGUCCAAAGCUCGGGUUAAUACUAAUAAGAAUGAUGAGCAAAAAUGUUCCUUCUUCUGAUGUAAACUGUUCUUGGUUGUGGUGUUGCACAAAAGCUUUGAAUAGGGUGUUUCAGUGAAGAUGAAAUUCAAACCUGUGGCAUUUUAAGCAAAUUUAAUCUUUUGCCAAUAGUCACUGACUCCAUUUAGGAGUAGCCACUUAAGAAACUUCUAUUUUGCAAAGUAUGAAAUAAACCGUAUUGUAAUAGGCAGUUGUUUGGAGGUAAAGAUGUGAUAGUUGAGGAAUGUGAUGAGAUAUGGCUACGUAGUCUGGUUCCUGUUUGAAAUUCUAGUUUUCAACCUAUGACCAAAGAUGCAUGUGUCUUUCCCUUCCCCUGCCCCCCUUCUUUUCCAUAUAUUCCCUGUAACCUCUGUGGCUAUGUUACAGUAUUUUCUGCAUUUUCUGCAAUUUGACAUGAUACAAAAUGUAUAACUUUUGCUACCACUUUGAAGUUCAAUUUUCUGGGCAGAGACUUCUCUCAUAACAUUUGAGCACUGUAGCUGUUACAUUACCUGUUCAGGGAAAAAGAUUUUAAGAAUAUUUUUUCAACUGUUGUAAGCUGUGGAUGAUGCCUACUCUAAUAAAAUCCUAUACAGAUGUG